AUGCCUCUCACAGGUUCUCAUCCUUACCCUCCUGAAAAGGUCGGAUACUUCGGGCAAGCAGAACUUAACGCAAUGCGUACAUUUACCGACCCUUCUGGUGUUGAGUCCGAACUUGAACUUGCCCUCUCCGAGACGCUUCACCUACAUGAUGAAGACCUCCCUCCACCCUAUGAAGAUCUGACACAUUCAAUGCCAUUGAACGUUUCUUUGACGGCAAGAGAUGUCAUCACACCGGACAAUAACUCUGUCUCAGCUCCCGCGCUGGCGAGUGCUUCUACAAGCCAUGUGUCUACAUCGACUUCGCCGCAGCCGCGUACACAAACAUCGCCUCCCCGUUCUCUGAGUAGCGGCGGAUUGGCGCUUGCCACCGCUCGUGACUGCAGCAUUAAUAACAAUGCGGUUGCCAUGCCGGGAGAUUCUCGAAUGCAGAACGGUCUGACUAUGCCGGCCCCCACUAAUCCAUUUCGCGGAUUUCCCUUUGCAUCUACUUCUGCCGUCGCAAAUGCCUCUGUAACCGAUCAUCCGAAUUCGAUUUGCGAAUCCUCCGUAUUUCUGAAUGACGACAGCGUCUCAACACAAAAGCCGGCGUCGCUACUGCGACCUCCUCCAGCACAGCUUCCCUACCCGCCCUUCGAAACCAUGAUUCUUGUAGGUACACGUGGGGAUCUCAACAAGGCAUUCGCUCCGAGCACACCUCCAUCUGCUGAGCGACUCCACCCGUUCGCGACACACGAUAUCAGCGAACGCGAUUGGCUGUGCUUCUUGCACAACGUGCAGGCCGUCGGCUCGCCAUCGUCGCCUAAGAAUAUCGUGACAGAAGCGGCACCGAAAGCUAUGGACAUCGCCAUGGGUAUGUUGAUCGGGAAAGAACUCGACGUGCGCCUGAGGGGUCGCAAGGUCAACCCAGCGGUCGCGCUGGUAGAUGACUGGAAUCAUCAAUUCUUCCAUCCUCGCCGUGUUCAUGUCUCCCUUGCGCAGGGACGAACAGGUCUUAGUGGGCCCCACGGCUCCUCGCCCGAUGCUGUGGGCUUUCGGACCAAUGGUGGUAUUCAACUGUUGCACAAGGCUGAAAGCGAUUCUGAGGAUGACAGUCUGGUCAACGCGUGGAUGACACGACUUGUAGAGCACAAAGAAAAGAAACAAGACAAGAAGGCCGCGAAGAAAGAGCGUAAGGAGCAACGGAGGCAGCAGAGAACGAACGGCUCUGCGGCGCUGGGGGGAUCUGAGCCAUGGCGGUUGGUGAUAUCGUUCAAGCCCUUCGUCCUGGAGUAG